AUGACGGCUUUCGACCCAACCAAUAUCGAUCUUACGACAGUCAAUCAGGCAGAAGUCAUCUGCUACUUCGCUAUCGGCGAAAACGAGUAUAACGGUCAAUUCGGGGCGCGGAUAUCGUCCAUCUUCGUUAUCGGUCUUGUCUCAACAUCCGUCACGUACUUCCCCGUUAUUGCCCGAAAGAAACCGUCUUGGAAGAUUCCCCUCGGUCUGUACACCUUCGCACGCUUCUUCGGCUCCGGCGUUAUUGUCGCUACAGCAUUCAUUCAUCUACUGGAUCCAGCAUACGAAGCCAUCGGCCCAGGUAGUUGUGUGGGUGAAAGUGGAGGCUGGGCGGAGUACCCUUGGUGCGCAGCGAUAGUGUUGACUUCUAUCAUGGCUGUCUUUUGCGUGGAUCUGGUUGCAGAAGUAUACGUUGAACGCAAAUUCGGCGUCACAAAAGAGGAAUCUAGCGUUUCGAAUAGCGCUUUCCUUCGCUCUGAUCGAGACCCCGAUGCAGCACCAGCUGCAGCAGCAAUGGACCCCGAAUUCCAUGUCUCCGCGCAACACCAAGAUCACGACCAUCGAAAGGACACAGAAAGCCUUUACAGCAAUAGCGCGUUCCUCUCAAACAUGACAUCGUCAACAGCAGAUCGUCUCUCUUUUGCUCAGCAAAUUGGGGCUUUUCUUGUUCUUGAAUUCGGAAUCAUCUUCCACUCCGUUAUCAUCGGCCUGAACCUUGGUGUCGUAGGCGACGAAUUCUCAACCCUCUAUCCCGUUCUCGUAUUCCACCAAUCUUUUGAAGGUCUAGGCAUAGGAGCUCGGUUAUCCAACAUCCCUUUCCCACGAAGCAAGAGCUGGAUGCCGUGGGCUCUUUGCGCUUUGUACGGCCUUACAACUCCUGUGUCUAUUGCUAUUGGGCUGGGCGUUCGCACGACGUAUUUGCCUGAAAGUAAAGUUAGUUUGAUGGUACAGGGUGUUUUGAAUGCUGUCAGUGCUGGUUUCUUGAUAUAUAGCGGAUCAGUGGAAAUGUUGGCUAAGGAUUUCUUGUUCGAUGAAAACAGAACGAAGAAGCUUGGGAAGUUAGGACGGAUGGUGGCUUAUGUCUUCGUCGGAACGGCGACUAUGGCUCUCAUAGGGUAUUGGGCAUAG